AUGCCUUUUCUACGCCGCCGCGGCAACAUGGCCAGUGAGACCGACAUGCGCCGCCUCACCACUGCCUUUGCGCCGGCCUCUGACGACGUCCCCGAACUGCCGCCGCCCCAGCCCGAAGACGAGGCUGCUAUGCCUCUCUCACGACCGCAGAGCCGAGAGUCUGGCUCGUCGCUCGACCGCCCGACCACUCCGCCCGUCCAGCAGCAGUCCAACAAGCACCGCCGCUUUUCCGUCCUCCGCUUUCGAAAUGCCUCCGACUCGCAGCUGUCUCUCCGGGUCAAGCAGGCGGCCGAGAAGCCUCCUCCUGUCCCUCGACCUCCUGCCAUCAUCACCACCGCUCCCACCAUGCCCAUGGAAGCCAACAACCUGAAGAAGUCAUCCUCCCGCCUAGGACUGGCCUCAAUGCUGCGACGAUCCACCGACAUCCCUCGUAACGAUCCUCUAUCUAACCAUCACCGCGAACCCAUGCCUAGAAAGUCCAUGAACGAACAAGGACGGCCUUCGCUGAGCGUCACAGACGAUCACGAGUCUCAAUCGCCGCGGCCCUCGACCCAGACAACUGUUGAUUCCACCGGUACCGGACUCAACAUCGCACCUCGACCAUCCGAGUCCUCAAGAUCAGAUGUUAGCUCCACUGAUCGAGUGUCUCACACCAGCUUCAGUUCUACUCCUAAAAAAUCCGCAUCAUCUACAUCCUUCUUCAAGCUGCGCAGAAAUAAGCGGCCGCCGGAGCCGCUAUUUCCCUUUGCACACCUUCAGCAAAAGGGCACUCCGGCAGACGGAUCCUCGACCACAUCUCUGGGAGUCGAGGCGACACCACGUCCAGCUUCAGCCCAGAGUGCCAGCGUUCAACCAGCCGAGAAUGAACACGGCCCUCACCUAAACCCGGCCAUCGCUCUCUUCAACGCAAACGGCGGCCCUCGCUCCGACCAGUCCUCUCCAAAUAGGUCUACCUUGCUGCGUGGGAGAUCGUCCACGUUAAGUUCCAUAGGUAGAGACUCCAACGACGAACAUCUCGGCCCGCCCCUCAAUACGCGGACAUCCACCUCCAUCGGCCGCAAGAGCUUCGGCGAUCUCCUUGGCCUGACUCGCCUCCGUCAGAACUCCGACCUUAGCCGGCAGGGCUCCUUCACACCAGCCACGCCGGGAUCCGUUGCCUCCAAGAGCAACUCACUCCAGCUGCCGAGGGAUUCCAUAGUUCUCCCAGAGCGCUUUGAGGAUGAAUCUCCUGCCAAGUAUAUUGCUCGCAUAGAAGGCAUGGUCAGCCGGGGUGUCGUGGCUGCCGCGCUAUCCAAAGGGACUGAUGCCUUUUCAACAGGCGCUUUAAGAAGCUUCAUGAGAACCUUUAACUUUUUCGGAGAUCCUAUGGACAUGGCCAUCCGCAAGCUCCUAAUGGAGGCUGAGCUUCCAAAAGAAACACAGCAGAUAGACAGAUGUCUACAGGCAUUUGCUAACCGCUACCACGAGUGCAACCCUGGCAUUUACUCCUCGCCCGACCAAGCAUACUUUAUUGCCUUCUCUCUCCUCAUCCUCCAUACCGACGUUUUCAAUAAGAACAACAAGCACAAGAUGCAAAAGACUGAUUACCUCAAGAAUACCCGCGGAGAGGGCAUCUUUGAUGAGAUUCUCGAAUGUUUCUAUGACAACAUUUGUUAUACCCCCUUCAUCCACGUCGAAGAUGACCUUGACAUUAACAGCGAGCGCCACGGCGGCAGCAUCAAGUCGAAGCGGAAGAUCCUCCCUCCCCCUCCUGGCGACCCUGCCAAGCGAGCUGCGAAGGAGCCGCUUGAUCCUUACACUCUCAUCAUUGACGGGAACCUGGACGUCCUGCGACCGAACCUGAAGUCAACUAUUCCCCUGGAGGACCAGUAUCAUUAUCUUGGCACGGGGCAAUCCCUCAAUCUGAAGGACCUACAAAAGACUUUCUUUAGAACCGGCGUCUUACAGAUUGUCUCUGCAAGGUCUCGACCAGAUGCAUUCAUGUCUGAUAAGCCCCUGAACAAUCCAGAUGACGCACCCGGCAUUGUUGACAUCAAAAUCACAAAAGUCGGUCUCUUGUGGAGGAAAGAAGCCAAAAAGAGGAAGACACGGUCUCCGUGGCAGGAAUGGGGAGCUAUCCUGACAGGCGCCCAGCUCUACUUCUUCCGCAAUACUAGCUGGGUCAAGAAUCUCAUGCAUCAGUACGACAGCCAUAUUAAGGCCGGCCACGAUGGGAUACCCAUUACUUUUAAACCCCCCCUGGAAGAAUUCAAGCCAGAUGCUCUCAUGUCUACUAAGGGUGCCGUAGCUCUGCUGGACACAUCCUACAAAAAGCACAAGAACGCCUUCAUCUACGUCAGGCAGGGAGGCUUGGACGAGGUUCUCUUGGCCGACGAUGAGGAUGAGCUCAACGACUGGUUGGCAAAACUCAACUAUGCCGCUGCCUUUAGGACAUCCGGCGUCAAGAUGCGCGGCGUUGCUGGAGGCACCUAUGACGGCCACAGCCGUCGAGCUUUCAGGAGGCUUGACAGCUCUGAUGCCACGCAAACUGUCGAGACACCAACUGGCCUUGUAUCGAUCGCAAGGAGCCGCAUCGACCACAAGAUGGCUGAGGAUAUUCAGCUGGCGAGACGAGAGUUUAUGCAGGAGAAGAUUGCCGAGGCGGAUCGCAAAAUAGAGGAUUCCAAAAAGGCUCUGGAAGAACAGUUGAGAAAUGCCCGUCACCUUCAGAUACUUGCACCUGUUCAGCCCAGGACGAGAGAGCAACUUCUCUUGGCCGCGGCUCGCAUGUCCGCGCAACUUAGGUGGGCGCGAAUGGAGAUUUGGAAGGAGAAGUGUCAUCGUGAUAUCCUGGCUCUAGACCUAGAGGAGGAGGGAGAGAUGGUUGAGGCACCGCAUCCAUCAACAGUUGCAGCCAAGCGCCCCGAAUCUCAGUCCAAGGCAAUGUCUGAGAAGCUUCCUCAGUCGCCUCUUGAUCCGGCGAGACCAUCAUCUCCACCGGCGACGCGGCCAACGAGCGCAGUGCUGUCUCAGCUUGAAGUGCAAGAAACACCCAAGGUGGACGUUGGAAGUCUCAGGCAUGGCUCGGUUUCAAGCAUCGCCCCCUCUCCUGUGCAACCGACGCAAAGCAAGCAGCAGUCGCUCGAGCCACACGAAGAGGGUGAUGCAACUUCUGUCAAGUCGAAUCACACACACGACGAAGUAGAUGCUGAGGAGAGACAGUUCCUGAAACAGGCUGGCCUGUUGGAAGGAAGAGUAGGCAGGGAUCCGUCGGACAAGUCCAUCACGUCCACGGCUGGAGAAGCUGGCGAGUCGGGCACUCCAUUCGAGAGAAGCAAGAUCCGACGCAGUCUCCAACGUACCCUUCGGGAGAGUGCUGGUCAUCUCUCCCAUCAUCGCAGCAGAAGGGGCAGGGAGGCGGGCCCGGCUGCAUCGUCAGAGGACAAUGUCCGCGACAGUAUGCUGGCACGAGGAACGGGAAGUUUUGUUGUCCACGGAAAGAAGGCUUCUGUCAUCCAACUGGGAUCAGAGCUGCAAGUCCUGAACAACGAGGAGCAGAUUCUCGCUCGAAAGCAGCAGCAGCAGAGCUACCGGCAGUCAACCGACAUUCCGGCUUCUCCCAUCCUAAGCGAGGAGCAAGAUGACGACUUUUACUCCGUGCCUGAAACUCCAUUGGAGCAAAGCGUGUCGCGUGACCGGAGGGGAUCCGCCGCGAGCGCCAGCACGGCCACGGCGAGAAGUUUUCGCGAGCUUCACCGGAAGUACUCGGCAGCGCGGAGCGUGUCCGCAGCCGGAAGGCUGGCUAUUCCUUCAGAUGCGGAAAGCGAGGCGGCGGUGAGCUUCUCUGACGGUCGAAGAUCGCCUUUGCCCCCUAUGGAAACAGAGGAAGAUGAUGCAGGCGUAGCAGCACCCCCCGAGUCGGUUGUAGACGAGGAUGAAGAUACCACACUGGAACUGGAAGAGAAUGAAGGAGUAGAGCACAAGCCGGAAACCCCGGCACCGGGCCAAGAAUCGGCCAACGAAAAAGCCGAGGAGGCAGAGGCGUCAUCAACACACGACUCCGAAUCGCUGCCCAACCCUCCGCUUCAGGCGGUCAAUGCAUGA